UGCAGACCACAUCUGAUAUGAAGAUGAAAUCCGAAAAUUAUCACGAAGUUUGCGAAUUAUUGGACAAACUCUAUUUAGAUACCAUAUGCUUAAUGGAAGAAGAAAUUCAACUAAAAAUUAAUAUGGAAAAAUCAAUGAUUGAAGGUGAAAACAACCUUGCGAAAUGUAGAUACAUAAUGGGCUCAAACUCUGUAUCAGCUAUGAAUAUUCCCUUGAAUCCUGAAGAAGAUAUUCACUGUACAACAUCAGUUGAAAGUUUUCCUUCUGAAUUAUUCCCAGAAGUUAAUAAAUAUGAAAUAAUCUCAACUGAACCAAAACCCAAUAUGACGAAUCCAAUCAAGUGGUUUGGAUAUUUUACACAGAAAAACUUGCUCAAAUCACAAAAAUCUUAUGAAACAUCCUUGCAGUGGGCUAUUGAAGCAAUUAAUAUACAAAAUCAGUUGAAAUACCUAUGUCACAAGUGUAAGGCCUUGAGACUUUUGAAGGUUUCUUUGUUGGAAUCAAAAGAGUAAUAAUGUAAUAUAGAGGAAGCAUUAAUUAGUAUAUUAUUUCAUUGUUAUCAUAUAUUUGUAAAUUUUAUGAAUGAUAAUUCAUUACAUUAGGUACCUAAGCAAUAAAAUAUUUCUGAAUAA